CUUUUUGGGACGCCAUCAAAAUGUUGGCACUGACGGAGUAUAUAUUCGUGGGUGCAUAAAUAUAAGACAGUAGAUCUUAUAAUUGCGCCAAUUCCAUUCAGUUCAGGUUUAAGGUAGAACCAAUGGUGGCGUCUGAAGACAAGAUUCUCAAACUCUUUGAUUCUUGCUGGUUUGAACGCCAGAUUCUGUCCACUAAAAACUGCUCAUUCCAUGUUGAUGAAAGUGAUGAAGCCAGGCCAGUUAAUCAUAAUCAUGAGCCGAAGGCGAUGAUAGUAAGUGUUUUAGCUCUUAAAGUCCGAUCACAUAGCGAUAAUCUGCUAGGAUUUAAGACAAAUUUUAGCCCACGGUCUGAUUCUAUGGAGUCGGUGAUUGACAAACCAGAGCUGGAAGGUCACAUGGUUUUCAAGAAAAGAGCUCGUCGUAGUGGGCUGCAGAGGAAAAGAGCGGCUGGGAAUAAGCUGGUUGGAGCUAAGAGCUUAUCAGAGCUUGAGCUUGAGGAGCUAAAAGGGUUUAUGGAUUUGGGAUUUGUUUUCACUGAUGAAGACAAGAAAUCUAGUUUGGCUACCAUAGUUCCUGGAUUGCAGAGAUGGGGGAGCAGAGGAAGCAGAACAGCUGGUGAAGAUGAUGGAGAGGGAGGAGGAGGGGAAGAGGCUAUUGAGGAUAAGGAAAUUAGAAGGCCUUAUCUUUCUGAGGCAUGGAGCAUUAUGGAUCAAAGGAAGAUCAUAAAGAAGCUUCUGAAAUGGAGAUUUCCAGCACAUCCCUGCAACAAUAAUGAAUCCAGCAUGAAAGACAAUCUCAAAUUCUGGGCUCAAACUGUUGCAUCAGCACUUAGAUAAAAUCAACAUUUUUUUUUUCUUUUUCUUAUAGUUACUCCCAUACUUGGCUCUUUGUUUAGUCAAAACAACACUUUUAGUUUUACACUUUGGAAAGCAAUCUUACUUGAAGUGCUCCUAUAUUUUACAAAUGUAAAAAAAUGGCAUUAUGUAAUAUAUUCUCAAGCAGGGGCGAAUCGUAG